AUGUUCCAAGAGACCUUUGCCCUUAAAUUUUUCGAUAAAAAUCCAAAUGCGAUUUUUGGAAAAAGUGCAAAUCAAACAACUAUACAAUAUAUGUUUAGUGACGAUGUAAAUGAGCAACAACAACUCUUUUCUACAUAUUACAAUCGGAUUGCAUUAAUGCCAAAAAUAACACGUGUUAAAAAUAUGUUACCAAAUGAACUUGGUUCUAAAUUACUACUUCGGCUAUUAUGGCAUUCUAGAAUUGAUACACAAUUAAUUGAUGAUAAUAUUUGUCAACUUGUUGAAUCAAUAUGGUUAGAAUCAAUUGGUGAUCUGCAACAAAUGCUUAGCAUUCAACCAAAUGAAAUCACAUUAAAAAAUAUAGUUGAAGCCGAAGCUAUUUUAUUAGAACAAAAACGUCUGCUAGAUAAUAAUGAAAGCAGAAUGUCCAAUGAAAUCUAUUCAAAAUUUUAUUCAUUUAUUCCACAUAAUUCAAAUUUUCAAUUAGAUUUAAAUAAUCGACAAAUAUUAAGAGAAAAAAUGGAUUUAUGUCAAAUUCUUCGUGAUAUGUUAACUGUAAAUGAAAUAACAAAUUGGAAUAUAAAAGCGCCAAUAGAAGCAAAAUAUCGUUCAUUAAAAUGUUAUAUAAAAACGAUAGAUAAAGAUUCAAUAGAAUACACGAAAAUAAGUAAUAUGGUACAUUCAUCAACCGAUACAAAUGAACAAGUAAUUAUUCACAAUAUAUUUGAUAUAACAAGACAAACUGAAACAAUUAAUUUUAAAACAGAUUUACACAAUCAACGUUAUCUGUUUCAUGGUUCAAAAUAUAGUAAUUUUCUCGGAAUUUUAUCACGAGGGUUAUUGAUGCCAAAAAUAGUUGUUAAUGAAUUUGGUGGUUUAAGAAGUGAUAUUGGCCAUCUGGGAUAUGGAUUGUAUUUUUCAGAUUCAAUCAGUACAUCGUUAAAAUAUACAGUUAAAAGUAGUCAAAACGGUAAACGUUUAUUAUGUAUAUGUAAUGUAGCACUUGGAAAUAGUGCAAAUUAUUAUUCAUAUUCAUGUGAUUUAACACAACCACCGGAAAAUUAUCAUAGUGUUCAUGGUGUAAAAUUGACAAAUAAAGAUCAUUCAAUGUUUAAAGAUAAUGAGUAUGUUAUUUAUAAUCUCGAUCAACAACGUCUAUUAUAUAUCGUUGAAGUCUCAUGGAAACCACACGAUAUAAUUUCAAAUAUUCCAGCAUUAUUACCAAUUGUAAGAGAUCAAACAGAAACACUAUCAUAUCCACAAAUGUCGAUUCCUGAAAUACCAGAAUUAAUUGAAGAUGAAGCAAUUCAAAUUGCAGAACAAAAUUAUGGUCUAAUAUGUCCAGGUUCAGGUCAACGUUUACCAUUGAAAGCAUUCCAUAUACGAGCACAAUUAGUCGAUGUCACUGCAGAAGUUGUUUUAUACCAAUUAUAUCAUAAUAAUAGUUCCCGACCAAUCGAGGCAAAAUACGUGUUUCCGUUAGAUGAACAUUCAACUGUUUGUGCUUUCGAAGCAUAUAUAAAUAAUAAAGUUAUUGUUGGUGUGGUUAAAGAAAAAGAGCAAGCAAGAAAAGAAUAUCGUCAGGCAAUUGAAAAAGGACAUGGCGGUUACUUGAUGGAUCAAGAACAACCGGAAAUUUUUAGCGUUUCUGUUGGGAAUUUACCGGCAAAUUGUGAAGUCGUUAUUAAAAUUACAUACGUUGCUGAAUUACCAAUUGAAAAUGAUGAUGUGGUUUUUCGUCUCCCGGCAAAAGUAGCAGCAUGGCAAUCUAAAAUGGCUAUUGACGAUCACAAUCAAACAUUAUUGCCAUCGAUCGGUAUAACAACUGAUUCAGUUGCUAUUAAUCAAAUACAAUUUAGUUUAAAACUAUCUAUACAAAUGCCAUAUGAUAUAGAAAAAAUAUUUUCACCAACACAUCGCAUACGUCGAAAAGUUACCGAUUGUCAAGCUAUGAUUGAAUUAAUUGAUAAUAUUUUUGAUAAAGAUUUUAUAUUAACAAUAAAACUAAAAACAAUUAAUAUACCAAGAAUGUUAGUUGAAACAUAUCCAAAUUCAGAAUCAAAAGCAUGUAUGUUAACAUUUUAUCCAAAAUUUGAUUAUCAAACAAAUAGUAAUAUAACUGAAAUUAUUUAUCUGAUUGAUGUAUCAAAUUCAAUGGAUGGUAAAGCAGUAAAACAAGCAAAACAAUUGGCACAUUUGUUUAUAUCAAAUAUGACAAUUAAUGACAACAUCCUAUUUAAUAUUGUUACAUUUGGUUCAGAUAAUGAUGAAUGUUUUCCAAUAUCAUAUCCUGGUACAAAAGAAAAUCUUGAUAAAGCAAAACAUUUUGUAUUACAUUCAAUUGUUCAUCGUGGUAAUACAGAUUUAUUUCCUGUUUUAACUAAUUAUUCAUUAUUACCAUCAAAAUCUGGACGAAAUUUUGUAUUAAUAUCCGAUGGCCAUCUAAAUGAUAUAAAAUCAAUUAUAUUAUUAUUAAAACAACAACAAAUGAGUCAUGAUCGAUGUUUUACAUGCUCAGUUGGUGAUACAGCCAAUAAACAUGCUUUAAAACAAUUGACAAACUGUACGGAUAGUGGUGGUGGUUUAGCAACUGUAUUCGAUACAAAUUAUCGCUCUAAAUGGAAAACUAAAGUAUUAAAUAUUUUGGAAAAUAUUCGCCAACCAUGCGUUAACGGAAUUGUUAUUGAUUGGCAUAAUGAUGAAUUAGAUGAAAAUAAUAAUUAUCAAUUUUUUAAAGCACCAUCACAUAUUAACUCAUUAUUUAAUGGUAUGCGUUUAACAGUAUAUGGUUUUAUUAACAAUUGUUACAAGGUAACGUUGAAAGCAAAUAUAAAUGGCCAUGAAUUACGAACAACUGUGUUUUCGAAUAAAAUGACUGAAACAACUGGAAAAAUAUUACAUUGUUUAACAGCACGUGCUAUUAUCGAUGAUUGGGAAAAUGGUUUAUUAAAUAUGGAUGAUACAACUAAUGAAUUAAUAAAAUCUCAAUAUAAGCAACAUAUUAUUGACUUAAGUACAAAAUAUUCAAUCGUAAGUCCAUUCACAAGCUUUGUUGCUAUUGAAGAACGAAAUAAAGAUGAUGAUAAACAAGUAAAACAAGGUGUUCGUUUAUUAGAUAUUAUGCUGAAAAACGAUACGGAUCUAUUACCAUAUAUUGUUUGGGAUGGUGAAAAAUCGCAAUCAGCAUUGUUGAAAGAAAAACUUGUUCAGAUUAAAAAAUUAAUUGAAUGUGCAUCGAUCCCAAGCAAAAGUCAAUUAUGUCCAGAAUUGCUCGCAUUAUGCAAAAGUGUUUCUUAUCGUCAAGGUCAAGAAAAAUUUGAUGCCAUGUUAACAUUGAUCGAAACAUAUUAUUAUUCAUUGAAAAAUUAUGAAGAAGCUAGACAACUUUUAAAACAACUGAAAAAUGAUGUCAAAGCAGAAAUUGAUACGUCAACUUGGGAAGAACGAACAGAAAUGGAAAAUCGUAUGAGUACAAUAGAAUAUUUAUUCGGUGAAAUAUUACCAGAAGUGUCACCGGGCAAAACGAUGGGAAAACCUAUUGUACAUGACCUACUGGUAGAAGAACAAAUAGCAGAAUUUCAAGAAGCAUUUUCCUUAUUCGACAAAGAUGGAGAUGGCACAAUAACAACAAAAGUAUUAGGUACAGUUAUGAGAAGUCUAGGUCAAAAUCCGACUGAAUAUGAAUUACAAGAUAUGAUUAAUGAAGUUGAUGCAGAUGAAUAUGAAUUGCCUAUUGCCAAAUCGGUUUUCUUAAUUGCAAAACAAGCAAAACCGAAGUUGAAUAUGCCGUAA